AUGGAUUCGGAAAAAGCUCGAAUGCAUGGACCGGUACAAUCGAACUUACUUCGAUACACUUCUCGUGAUACUAUCUUAUAUGCUCUAGCAGUUGGAGCGAGUGUUGAAGAUCAGUUACAAUACUUAUUCGAAAAUCACAAAGAAUUUGCAGCACUGCCUACAUUUAUUAUCGGCCCAGCAUUACAAGCUGCCAUUACCGAAAUCGGAGAAUGGCCAGGCAUAACUUUCGACUUAACAAAAAUACUGCAUGGAGAGCAAUACUUGGAAUUGUUUACUCGAAUACCAACAGAUGGUGAACUACGAUCUGUUAUAAGCAUUCCAGCAGUGCUUGAUAAAGGCAAAGGAGCAGUAAUUCUUAUAGAGGUGACAACUUAUGAUGAACAAACAAAGACUAAAAUUGCAAAGCAACAGAUCAGUUUGUUCCAAGUUGGAUCAGGUGGAUUUGGUGGUUCGAAAACUUCAGAACACGAAAUACCAUGCGAACCGGUACCUCAACGUGAUCCUGAUUAUGUUACUGAACAGGCGACUGAUGUGUCUCAGGCGGCCUUCUACCGUUUAGUUGGUUAUGAUCUAAAUCCACUGCACAUCGACCCAGAGUUUUCUGUUUUAUUAGGUUUCCAGAAACCUAUUUUACAUGGACUUUGUACCCUCGGUUUCUGUACGAGGCAUAUCCUAAAGGCAUUUGCUGGUGGCAGUGACGAAUAUUUCAAAAGUGUCAAGGUUCGUUUUGCGAGUCCCGUGACACCAGGACAAACACUCCGAACAGAGAUGUGGAAAGAAGGACCAAGGAUACAUUUUCAAGCAAUGAUAAAAGAAACAAAGAAGAUAGUGAUAUCAAAUGCUUUCAUCGAUCUGCAUGAGGUGCCAGAAAGUGUGAUUAGCAAGAUAUAG